AUGUAUGGAGAGAGUGGUGGUGUCUGUCGGACACAACGGCAUUGCAUUCAAAACAGUGAACACAACGUAUGGAAAGAGAGAAAGAGAGGGAAACUGAGGCCAAAGCAAAGCAAAGGAUGCAAUGGAUUGGGAGAGGGAUGUGAAGGGGAAUGGGAUGUGAGGGGAGAGACGGUCACCACUCCAUACACUCCCCAGACAUCCGAUCGGCGCGCGUGUUGGUCAUCCGAGGCAGUGAUCUCGGCAUCGGUGGUGACGUUGGACGCGAUGGACGUCUCGACGUGCAUAGAGUUGGCCAUCGAAGGCGAACGGCUGUCCAAAUUGGGUGACUUCAACGGAUCCGUCGCCUUCUUCGAGGCGGCCGUCAAGUGCGGCACCAAUGACCUCAAGACGCUGUCAGCCAUUUACUCGCAAUUAGGAAACGCUUACUUCUAUUUAGCCAAUUAUCAUAAGGCCAUGGAUUACCACAAACUCGACUUAACUGUCGCCAAAUCCAUCAACGACCGCAUCGGCGAAGCGAAGGCCUCCGGAAACUUAGGCAACACUCUGAAGAUGAUGGGCCGCUUCGACGACGCCAUCAUAUUCUGCAAAAGACAUCUCGAGAUCAGCCGUGAAUUGUCUGAUAAAGUAGGCGAGGGUCGAGCCCUGUAUAACUUGGGUAACGUGUACCACACGAAGGGCAAGAACAUGGCUCGGGCUGGCAAUCAAGACCCGGGAGAGUUCCCCGACGAUGUCAAACACUGCUUGGAACAGGCGGUCGACUAUUACAAACAAAAUCUGGAUCUAAUGACACAAAUGGGCGAUAAGUCAGCGCAGGGUCGGGCGUGCGGUAAUCUCGGUAACACUCACUACCUGUUGGGCAACUUUACACAAGCGGUGGCCUAUCACGAAGAGAGAUUGAAAAUCGCCAAAGAGUUCGGCGACAAAGCGGCUGAACGGAGAGCGCAAUGCAAUCUGGGAAACGCCCACAUCUUCUUGGGUCAGUUCGAGAUAGCGGUCGACAACUAUAAACAAACCCUUGAUUUGGCGGAACAACUAAAGGAUCGCGUGGUGGAGGCCCAGGCGUGCUAUAGUCUCGGCAAUACGUAUACACUUCUACGCGAUUACAACUCCGCCAUUGAAUACCAUUUAAGACAUUUAAAGAUCGCUCAGGAGCUGAGAGACCGUAUCGGUGAGGGCCGGGCGUAUUGGAGUUUAGGGAACGCCAUGACAGCAGUGGGCGAUCAUCACGAAGCGCUCAAUUAUGCACAGAAGCACCUGGAGAUCAGCCGAGAGAUCGGCGACAUUACGGGUCAAACAACGGCUCAAAUGAGUAUUUCUGACUUACGAAAGAUGUUGGAAAAGGAUUUAAGCAAAAGUCCGGUCGCAGACGGCCCCCCAUCCGACGGCUACGGGCGCCAUAAGCGGCAGUCUAUGGAUCGCAUGGAACUCAUGACACUAACGCCACAACAGCGCAAACACUCGCUCAAUACUGUCGAUGAAAUGGUGGCGACGGGUAGUAGUAGUGGCGAGAGUGUGGAGCCGUCGGUCGAGCCAAUGGUCGCCUCUUCCAGCACUGACUUUAUUAGUAAAAGUCACGAAGACUUCUUGGAUUUGGUCUCGAAAUUCCAAAGCAAACGAAUGGAUGACCAGAGAUGUCCUCUCAAUGGCACUGAAAACAAGGAGAACCGCAAACCGAUGCCAAUCUGUGGUCAACCGAUGGCUAACCAAAUGAACCGACAGUUUGCGAACACCAUUCGUGACAACCCUUCAAACGCAAACCCCGUUCGCAACGCCGGCGCUAACGCUAAUAAUAACCGCAAUAACCCGUCGCAUGCGAUGAAUAAUCAUAUCGGAAGCGUUGGCCAGUCGUCGCAGGACUCUGCGUCGAGUAGUGGCGACCACUUCCACGAUCUGAUUGAUAUGAUCGCCGGUAUGCAAGAGCGCCGAAUGGACGACCAAAGGGCUGCACUGCCGCCCGUCCGUCGCAACAGUGCCACCAAUGGACCCGAAAGUCUUCCACAACAACGAAACCCUCACUCGUUUGCGGCGAACAACAGGAAUAACGAGAAUAGCAAUGAUUUGGUGCCGCGAUUGCGGGCCAAUAACCCGCAGAACCCGCGCCGCACUGUUCCCAACAGACAGUACUCGUUGGGCGCCAAUGUCUUGCCCGACGACGACUUCUUCGAGAUGUUGAUGCGCUCGCAGGCCAGCCGUCUGGAAGACCAGCGAACCCUAAUGCCCGGCACCUCAUCCGACGAGUCCUCCUCCAUCUCCCGGCCCUCAACUCUAGAAAGGCCUCAAAGUGUUGUCUCCACUCAAAGCAAUUCUCCGCAACAGAGCGUCGCCCCAACGGUUCCCGACGAAGACUUCUUCAGUCUGAUCCUCCGUUUCCAAGCGGGACGUAUAGAAGACCAGCGCUCAUCCCUUCCUGACAAACAGUGUCUGUCAGACGACGAGCCCAUGAAAUACUCGUCGACCAGUAGUCGCAAGUCGUCGACCACAUCAACCAAAUCCAGUUCUACGGCGCCGUCAGCGCGGAAGUCGUCUAAAACUCAGGUCUAA